AUGAGCCAAAGUGAUAGCAUUAUUGUGGCAAAGGUUGAGCUAAAAUCUCCUAUUCAGAACUUCUAUGGCUUCUUCAGGAACCAUUUGGGAGAUUUGGUCAAUCUAUUUCCUGAGCUGUACCAAAGCAUUCACCUUGUAGAAGGGGAACAUUUAUCUGCUGGCUCUGUUAUACAAUUUAAAUACCAUCUUGGACAUCAACUUGUAUCAGAAAAAUGGUCAAUGAGAGUUGUGGAUGAUACGAAGAGAUACAUAAUCUAUGAAGCUGUUGAAGGAGAUAUGAGAAAAUAUUACAAAGUGCUGAGAACAAAGCUUGAAGCUGUUAAUGGAGGCUUAAACAAAGUAGGAGGAAGCUUUGCAAAAUGGACCGUUGAGUAUGAAAAGGCUUAUGAAAAUGUGCCUUCACCAGAAAACUACAUGGAAUUGUUUGUCAGAAUUUCCAAAGGCGUUGAUGCUUAUCUUAACAAGAACUAA